AUGAGUAAGUUUGGUCAAAUCUGUAAAUAUGUUGAAUAUCAGACCACAAUCGACCUGCUUGAUAAUUUGGUUUCCACAACGCUUGACAUUUAUACCAUUUUAUUUCGAGGAGGAUUGUUUAAUAA